GCGAGAGGGCAUGUAUUCCAGACUUCUAUUGCAGUAUGCAUUUUCCCGUUUGUGUUAUAGAAAUGGGAUGUUGUCUAUGCGCCUGUCUCCUCUUCUCCUAUUUGAGCUACUCUCUUCUAUUCCACCGAUCAGUCCUGUUAUUAAGACAUAGCUAUAUCCCACUUUAACCUAUAUAUACCACGUCAUUCCCCGUUAUUCUAUCUUACAGGACUCCCAGCACAACAUUAAUCACCACCUUCUUAUUACAAGAAUCUACCCUGGCAGCCAUAUUACUGUCACCAUAGUGUCCCCUAUCAUUAGCCAUGGCACCCCAUCUUGACGCACCAUCUCCCAGUGGAAGCUUCGCGGUUAGCUUCGACGGAAUCCCCUUUCGGCCUGCUACCUCUUCAGACGCAGUGACAGGCUCUCUAGCACCUACCGAGUCACUCUCCUCGUUUAGUAGCUUCUUUGAAAGCGAGUCGGUAGAGGAAGAUUUCCAUAUAACACGGCCACUGGUACCAGGCGUCUAUGUACCAACCCUUUGUUUCUUCGACCCGGAGACUGAGGACGUUGACAUCAAUACUAUCGCUCGCCAUGCCGUACGACUUGCCGAAGCUGGCGUGACGGGCCUUGCUACUCAAGGUUCUAACGGCGAAGCUGUUCACCUCACACAUGCUGAGCGUCAGCUGGUCACUCUCGCUACACGCAAAGCAUUAAACGAUGCUGGAUUCUCGCACAUUCCAGUUAUCGUCGGUUGCGGCGCUCAGAGCACUCGUGAGACUAUUCAGUACUGCCGCGAGGCAUGGGAAGCAGGGGGUGAUUACGCCCUUGUGCUACCCCCGUCGUACUACGCGCCCUUGUUUGCUUCAUCAUCUAAGACCAUCGAGCAGUACUUUACAACUGUUGCCGAUGCGUCCCCGAUACCCCUCAUCAUAUACAACUUUCCAGGCGCUGUAAAUGGCUUGGACUUAUCAUCCGACAUAAUCAUUAAGCUAGCACGGCAUCCCAAGAUUGUCGGUGUCAAGCUGACGUGCGGCAAUACGGGCAAAUUGAACCGUGUAGCAGCUGCUACGCGGUCGCAAUCUGAGGACUACGACCCGGACAAACCCGAAUUCCUAGUCCUGGCAGGCUCAGCCGACUUCUCGAUCCAGUCCUUAAUCGCAGGAGGACACGGCAUAUUAGCAGGUCUCGCAAACAUCGCACCAAAGGCCUGUAUUAAGACUAUCGAAUUAUAUAAAGCAGGCAAAUACUCCGAGGCCCAGAAAAUUCAAGAAAUCGUAUCACGGGGUGAUUGGACGGCCAUCCAAGGCGGCAUCUUGAGUGUUAAGGCGGGACUCCAAGCGUGGUCAGGUUACGGCGGUUUCGCACGAAGCCCACUCCCGAAACCGACCUCCGAACAAAGCAAAUCGUGGAAAGAGGGAUUCAAAGAACUAAUUCUACUGGAGAAAUCCAUGACGGGUUGCUGACAUCCAAGGUUGCAGCAGUGUAGAGACACACACAACUACUGGGAUCGUAGUUGGCUCAUGAUAAAGGGGUACUCUGUUUAACCAAAAGGAUUCCUCUUUUCGGUCCAUGAUUUUCAUGCAGGAAACUCGAAUGAGACGUUCAAAAAGAAUGGUUAGGACUUAUUACCAGUCUCACCGGACUUUCUUUUGAUUCAGGAUGGGUUACCGUAUGACCCUCUCAUUUGCUUUAGAUUAGCGAAACCAAUGUAUGACCUAGAGGUCACCACUGCAAUCGCUCGCGGCACGCCUCUCCUUGAUAAAAGGGGGCACAACAUUACGACUACCGUAUAUAUUUCGAAAAUAUCAAUACAUAUUCCUAUGAAAAUGAAAAUUGAAAAUAUAUAGCACUCCUAUUUAUGUUAGAUGAUUAACAAAGUCUAUCAGGUGGAAUUAGGCAAUAUGCUUCAAAAUUUUCUUUCAUUU